AUAAACGUAAGACAUAGUCACGUAGAUAAACCAAAAACGUUGUUAAGGUUUGGCUAAAAGAAACAAAAAUGAGAAAGUAGAGAGAAAAGAGCAUAAAGCAUAAAAGGCACUAAAAGAUAAAAGCUGGUUGGCACAAAUAGCGACUCUGUUUCCCCCUUUCACCCAACCCAUUCCCCAUUUCCCCCUCUCUGCAAAUCCUUUCCCUGAAAUCUGCCUUUAACACCUCCAUUUUCAAACCUCCAGGGUGGGUGUGUUUUGCUUCAUCAUCACACUUCCCAAUAGAAUCAUCCCAUGUUGGACAACAACGUUAAUGCUACCAAUGAGGCGACGCCCGGCCCUUCUUCUUCCUCCGAAGCAGCUUUGACUUCUCCGGCGCCGGCGCCGCAGAAUGGGGUUUCCGUUUCUAUCCCCAAACGGAAGCGGAGGCCGGCUGGGACUCCGGAUCCGGAUGCGGAAGUGGUGUCGCUGUCGCCGAAGACGCUGCUGGAGUCGGACAGAUACGUGUGCGAGUUUUGCGGGCAGGGGUUCCAGCGGGAGCAGAAUCUGCAGAUGCACCGGCGGCGGCACAAGGUGCCGUGGAAGGCGUCGAAGCGGGGGGCGGCGGCGGCGGGGGCGGGGAAGAAGAGGGUGUAUGUGUGCCCGGAGGCGAGCUGCCUGCACCACGAUGCGCGGCACGCGCUGGGGGAUCUGGUGGGGAUAAAGAAACACUACCGGCGAAAGCACAGUAAUAGCAAGCAGUGGGUGUGCGAUAAGUGCUCCAAAGGCUACGCCGUCCAGUCGGAUUAUAAGGCCCAUCUCAAGACGUGUGGGACUCGCGGCCAUUCUUGCGACUGCGGCCGUGUUUUUUCCAGGGUGGAGAGUUUUAUAGAGCACCAAGAUGCAUGCGCAGCUAAACGAAACAAUGGGACUGAUACACAGCCCUCAGCCACCAGCCCUUCAAGCGACGCAAAUUUCAGCACGGCGGUGCCGCCACCGCUAACGAUUCCUCCCCCUGCAGAGCCGCCAAGCGACGAGCACUAUCACAAAAAACACUACAGCGGCCUGGAGCUCCAGCUCUUGCCAUCCUCCCCGGCGUUUCCGCCGCCGGAAGAUGACGGCGCCGGGUUGAACCUGUCGAUCGGGUCGUGCAGCGCGGGGCAGAAGAGCGGCGCGGUGGCGAGCGAGGAAAUGAAAAUGGCGAUGGCUGAGAAGUCGUACGCGGAGGAGACGAGGCAAGAUGCGAGAAGGCAGACGGAGCUGGCGGAGCUGGAAUUCGCCAGCGCCAAGAGGAUUAGACUGGCGGCUAAGGCGGAACUGGAGAAAGCUCAGGUUUUGAAGGAGCAAGCGGCGGAGAAGAUCAGUGCUAUAAUGCUGGAAAUUACGUGCCGGGCCUGCAAGCAAAAGUUGUCGGAAAAUGGUGAUUUUAGGCCUAGAUUGGAUGGCUAGUUCACUUCCAUCUAUGCUCUAAUUUUUGUGUUCAUUUUUUUUGGUUGUGAAACGAUAACUCUGGUAAAGCUGAUAACAUUGGAAUGCAGGUAGUCUAGUUGAAGAUAAUUGUGCUCAUUUUUCAGAAAAUGAACCAAAACACACAAAAAUAGUUGUCUGGAAUGCAACCAAAUACGGAAAAUGAAAAUGUUUUCUGAAAAAUGAGUCAUUUUUCAGAAGUCAUUUUCCUGCUUUUCAAAACA